AUGCACUUCAUUAUCCUUUCUCUCGGUGCUCUCGUCGCCUCGGCUACCGCCCAGUUCUGCGGUGUUGUCACCUCUCCCGCACAGAGCUACAUCGACUGCGCCUUGGAGCAAUUCCCCGUCAUGGAUGCAGAAUGCACUGCUAUUGGAGGCACCGUGUCCGGCCACAACAGAGAAAUCGGCAACCAACUGUCCAACUGCAUCACCUACUGCAACAACGUCCCAACUGGUGGUCAUGACAAGAAUGGCCAGAUCGCAGGCCGCUACAACUACCACCUCUACGUCGUCGACUCUUGCACCAGCUGCGGAUACUGCGGUGGACAGUAG